UUUUCGUAGAUAUCCGAUAGCGGAAGAGGAUAAGCGUUUGAAGUUAGUGUUUACUUACGCAACGACCAAAGGUCUUUCCGAGCCCACUGCUCGCUCAACGUGUAAUUGCUGCUCCUCUUCUCUUUCUCGUGUUCAAUCGUCGGUCAACCGUCACAAUCAGCUGUGUGUAGUGUUGUGUUGUUUUCUCCAGAGUCCAAAGUGUCAAAAGCGAGUCAUGAUUGUACAGAACGCAACGAAAGGUGCUGGUAGUAUUAUUCAACGGUACGGCCGAUUAGCAAUCAACACGCUACGACUAACGAAGUUCGCGCUUCGGGAGAAUCUUGCUUCCUUCAAACAGUUCCGCGGACUUCGAAGACCACCACAAGCUCCUGGCAACAGACAAAAGCGCCCACGGCAAUCAACGGCAGCUCUUCUUACUGUUCGGCCACUCCUGUUCGUGACAUCGUGGUCCCUGUUUUCGUCCAAAUCGAAUAAGAAGGAAGACCCAGCGGUGAACAAAAUGGCGGAAGAGGCUGUUAAAUCACUUAGCGAGACAAUCCAGCAUGCGGACCAAUUGUUCGAUGAGAACAACUUUCAGGAGGCGUACGACUUGCUGCAGAAAUAUCCUGAACAAGAAACUUACGACAUUAAAUGGCGUCUCGCCCGUGUAACCUACUCGUUGUCGAAGCCGACCCCAAGCCCACGCAAGGAAGAACUUGUCCGUGAAGCGUUCCGUUACUCGGAGGAGGCGCUGAAACUGAACGAUUCCGAUUUCGCUUCGCACAAGUGGUACUCCAUCCUUCUGGACGCCAAGAGCGGCCUGGACGGCAUCAAGGAGCGCGUGACGCAGCUAGAAACGGUCAAGAAGCACAUGCUGCGAGCGGUCGAGCUUAAUCCGAACGAUGCGACCAGCUGGUACAUUCUCGGGCAGUUCUACUACGGACUGGCCGAUCUGCCCUGGUACCAGCGUAAGAUUGUGUCGACCAUCUUCGCGACCCCACCGACUGGCACCUACGAAGAAGCACUAGAAUGCUUCGAAAAGGCCGAAUCGACCAAGCCGAACUUUUACUCCAUGAACCAUCUGAUGAUGGCCAAAACGUAUCAAGCGUUGAAGCAGACGGAUAAGGCGAAGGAAUUCAUGACACUGGCGGCAAACGUGGCCGUACUGAACGAAGACGAUAAGCAAUGCAAGGAGGAGGCGACCAAGUUGUUAAAGAAACUGUAACUGAUAAGAUUUUCAGCGAGAGUAAAGUGUGUGAGUGUGUGUAUUUUUUCGAGGGUGCAAUUUAAUGGAAGGAAAAUAAUAAAAAUCAAUUAAUCAU